AUGGUUAAUUUGUCAAGUGAUUGCCCUGCGGCAUGUGACUAUCGAUGUUCCAAGGCCGACUAUCAUAGGAAAGCAUGUUUGAUGUUCUGCAACCUCUGUUGUAACAAAUGUUUGUGCGUUCCAUCAGGCACCUAUGGUAACAAGGAGGAGUGCCCUUGCUACAACAACUGGAAAACCAAGGAGGGUGGACCCAAAUGUCCUUAGAAAAAGAAGAAGAAAAUUAAACU